GACCAGUCAUAAUGGCAGGGAAGGGUGUGGCUGCUGAGAGAGAGAAGAGAGAGAAAAGAAAAGAGGGAAUGACUGUGAUGUCAUUGUUUGUGCUGGGCUGUGCUGUCUCCUCCCACUCUGGAUAACGUCAUAGCACACACAAACACUCGCACACACUGGUGGGAGCAGGCAAGGGGAGGGCACGCACACACUCACACACACACACACACUCACACACACACAUUCAGCAUCUUCUUAUGAUCUACGCAGCUUCAGAUUCAGGAGCAUCCCACCUCUCUGUCAGGCAGCAUGGCGGAAGGUUCUGGCACAGGGACAGUGGCAGAGGUUGAGACAGCGUUUCGGAAGUUUGCGGUUCACGGGGACACCAAAGCCAUGGGCAAGGAGAUGAAUGGGAAGAACUUUGUCAAACUGUGCAAAGACUGCAAAGUGAUAGAUGGAAAGAACAUCACCAGCACAGACGUGGACAUCGUCUUCAGCAAAGUCAAAGUUAAGUCUGCACGUGUGAUCACCUUUGAGCAGUUCAUUCAGGCAAUGACAGAGCUGGCGACGAAACGCUUUAAAGGAAAAGGCCAGGAGGAGGCGCUGCAGCUGCUAUAUGGCCUAAUUGCGGGAAAAGAGCCGUCCAAUGUCGGGGUCACGAAAGUAGCGAAGGCGGCUGCAGUGGAUCGUUUGACAGACAGCAGUAAAUACACAGGCUCUCAUAAGGAGCGCUUUGAUGAAUCCGGUAAAGGGAAAGGAAAAGUGGGGAGGGAGGACAUCCCUGACACUAGUGGCUACGUCAGUGCUUACAAGGGCCAAGGCUCAUAUGAAGACAAAUUAAAGGACAGCGAGUAAAAAAGAAAGAAAAGAGAGGAAGAAUAUUGUGGAGGGGGCAGGGAUAAAGAAAUACAUUUCAUUUUGAUGCAUGUUCCUGUAUUAUAUACUUCAGCAUGUUUUGAGCUGGAUUAGUGUUAUCAGAGGAUGCUUAAAAAUAUAAUCUGUGACUUUUUAUGUAUUAAGGAUUUCUGUACUAGUUGUUUUCUCAUGCAGAUUUCCCAACUAUUCCACAUAUCCAAAUAAUCACGGUCUGGCUAAACUGGACACCUUUAACAAAAACAGCCGCCGCAGAAAAAAUAAACACGUUAAACAUGUUAAAUAUAAAAAUGUUGAAAGUUACUCUAGGCCUUAAAGAACUGUGCGGAAUGAUUCUUAAGCAGUAUUUGAGCAAUACAAAUGUUGCCUUCUUGUCAUCAAGUGCUAUACGUAUAUAUAUAUAUACGUUUUUGAAUUAUUACUGUACUACACGCAUUACAAAUUUGUUCUAAAUUAAACUCAAACUGCAAAACUAUUACUCCCAGAUUUUAAACACUUUUUUCUAUGACAGUUCUACUAAUGACUAACGAGAUUUUGAAGUAAAACUACUACUCAGGUUUGCAGCUAUCUAGAAGAAUCAUGAACAUUUUUUACCUUAUCCUUUUCCUGAUUGUUGAUGUGUUGGUGGUCCACAAUAAUAGAUUUUUGUCCUAUUUCUAAAACCACAGAUUAUAUUUAUCAUUAAUCUGGGAAUGCAUUUAUAAAUAAAAUACAAAUAUUUCAAAAAAGCGUCUCCCUGUGAAACUACUCCAGUUCAAACAUGCGUUUGUGUCUGUUGGACAUUUGUUGAUAAAAAUCUGCACUGACUUUUAAACCAAACUAACCUCACCAUCUAGGGAUACUUCUAGAAAUGUUUAUCUGUAUUAACUGUGUUUUUAUCGCCUGUUUCAACUUCUACAAUAAUGCUUGGGCAAGCUUUGCGUAAUGUUUCUGCAGUGCUUUCUCUGUUCUCUGUGCCUUAUAUAUUACGCCAUGUUUAGUGCUUUAAGAGCUGUACUGGUAGCCUUUGGCCUGUCUGCCUAUGCUUGUGUGUGUGUCUGUGUGUGAUUCUAAGAGAAUGCAUACACUACCAUUCAGAAAUUGGGAUCCAUGUCAAAGUAAUAUAUAUAUUUUUGUUUUAUAUGCAAUAACAAACUAUAUGAUGGGUGGAACUUUAACAAUAGACUUAACCAUAGCUAAUCAUUUGGUAUUCUAAACCAAUGUAAAACUAAUGGUGUAUUUAUUAUUUCAUGCAUUUUGAAAACAGCAAGAAUGUAUUAAGGGAUAAAUCAUAAUAGUACAAUUCUUUGUUGUUGUUGUUUUUUUUUAAGUUUACUGCCUCAAGUUUCGAUCACCACCCUUGAAAAAAAGGCAUUCUGUAUAAAAUAUGUAUAUUCAUAUAAAGAUCCAUUGUUUUAGCUUUACAUCCUUUAUUUUACAAUCAUUCACAGUUCUCUUCAUCAUUCUGGACAAUUUCACAGCUUCCUAGAUUAACACUGUAUAUUUAACACCUAUGCGGGUACAGAAAAAAAUCCUAAAAUAAUUUUAUACAUUUACCUGCAACCAAAUUGGCUUCAUAUUUUUAAAAGCAUUGAUUCCUUUACAUUUUUGAACAGUAAUGCAUGUACACAGAUACUAUUAAAUAUAAAACUGUUCAUGUAUUUACAAGCAAUGGCUAAAUAGGCAAUUCCUUUUUAUUUAUGUUAACUAAUUAGGUAGUGUGUAUAAGCAUUCUGUGUCGACACAUACACUUGUGGAAUUUAUUCGCCAGGCAAAAAUGGUGAAAUCUGAAUGGAGCACAACUGUAUGUGUAAACCAGUAUUCAGAUUAAAUGUUCAAAUCAAGAACUACUGACCUAGGUAAGAUUCAAAACGUGUCUGGUCCAUCUUUCUCCCUCUGAAAUCUCUAUUCUGUGCUAUUUAAACUCUCAUUAUGUUCACUUUGUUCCUCUCAGCUGUUGCCUGUAUUGUGUCACAAUGUGAGCAUCAGUGUAAUGUUCUCAAAUAAAGCUUACACUCUUUUUUCUGUUCCUUAAA